CCAAUUCGCACAGCGACACACCACGCAUUCCCACGCCGACCAUUUCAUGUUCCUGAACAACGUUCUCGGCGCCCACUCACGAUGAGACUGCUCCGCCGGCUGAUUGCAGUCGUUCUCGCCACGUCGCUCAUUUCCGCCGCCGUUGGCAGCUCCUCCUCCGCCGUUGGCAGCUCCUCCUCCUCCGCCGUCGUCGACGACGAUGAUCACUACGAAUAUGACGAAAACUUGCUCCUCAAGACACUCCCGGGGAACUCGGUCCUCGCAUCGUUCCGCUUCGUCAUGAACGGCACAUUCAACAACCACCACAGCGUCUUUCCGCGGUCGCUCGCACAGAUCCUCUCGCAAAGCCACGCGCGCGAGCUGCACCUAAAAUUCAGUCUCGGGCGGUGGGACGCGGAGCGGUGGGGCACGCCGAUCGGCAAGGCGGGAGGCACGGGGGUCGAGCUCUGGGCGUGGGUCGAGGCCGACGACGAUGCGGGCGCGGAUAAGCGCUGGACUACACUCACUAACGCGCUCUCGGGUCUGUUCUGCGCGUCGCUUAACUUCAUCGAUGGGACCAGGACGAUCAGGCCUGUCAUGAGUUUUCAGCCGGAGGGACAUCACUCCGAACGGGAGAUGGAGAGGCUGCAUUUGCUACAUGGGAGCUUGCCUAGGGAACCCGUGUGCACGGAGAAUCUUACACCGUUCUUGAAGCUGCUGCCGUGUAAGGGCCGUGCGGGUAUUUCGAGCCUGCUGGACGGCCACAAGCUGUUCGACGCCCAGUGGCAGAGCAUGUCAGUGGUGAUCAAGCCCGUGUGCGAUGGCGACCGGUGCAGGCUGCAGGUGGAGCAGACGGUGGAUAUGGUGCUCGAUGUUGAGCGCUCGUUGCAACGGCGGGACUCCCCGGUGCCGAAGCCGCGUUCCAUCGAACAGCUCAACUGCGACGCCACAAAGUUCUACGGAGUCGGCGACGCGUGCUUCCCGCAAGCGGAUCUCGCCGAUCUCCCGUGGAGCCUCGCCGAGAUCUUCGGCAGACCCAUCCGAGGCGUGUGUCCCCUCGCGCGCUCAGGCUCCGAGGAGCCGGCCGCCCACGUGUGCGCCGUCGUCCCCGCCGGCCGCCCCAUCUUCGUCUCCCAGGACUCGUACGAAGUCAAGCGGCAAGACGGAACGCGGUGCUUCGUGCUCCCAAACGGCAAAGACUUCGACAUCAUCCUCCCACUGCAAUCGCCGCCCCUGCCACAAGACAUCUCGCCCCCACCCCUCUACGCCUCCCGCUCCUUCACCGGCCACGGCCAAGAGCGCGGCGGCGUCCAGGCCGUCCUCCGCAACCCCUCGCCCACCGACUCCGUGGAGUUCAUCUACCUCGAGUCGCUCCCGUGGUUCAUGAAGCCGUACCUACACACUUUACGCACGACGCUCUCGCCGCCCUCCCCCCUCGACCCCCUCCGCUCCCUCUUCUACCGGCCGGUGCUGGACCGAGCACGAGGAGCGCACCUCGAAGCGGCGCUCACCCUACCACCCAACAGCACUUUGACACUGUCCUACGAUUUCGACAAAUCCGUGCUACGGUACACGGAGUACCCACCAGACGCGAACCGCGGCUUCGACGUAGCCGCGGCGGUGAUCACGAUCCCGCGCACGGGGUUCGCGAUCCGCACGACGAGCCUGCUGCUCAGCCUGCCCACCCCGGACUUUAGCAUGCCCUACAACGUCAUCAUACUCAGCUCCACCGUCAUCGCCCUCGCUUUCGGGAGUAUCUUUAAUCUGCUCGUGCGCAGGUUUGUGGCCGCCGACGCUAUGCCAAGGAGGGGCGCGAGGCUCAUGACGGUUAGAGGGAAGAUACUGGCGGUGGUGAAGAGGUUGAAGGAGAGGGGGGCGAAGAGGAAGACGGAGUAGAAGUGAUAGAUACUAUACCAUGUUUUAGUUGUUUGUACGUUAUAGAGCGCUGUUGCAUAGUGUAGCUGGGUGUUGUACAGGUGGGCGACGCAGAGGAGAGUACACAAGGCAAGAUGGCCGAGCGGUCUAAGGCGCCAGACUCAAGUUCAGUCUUCUACCAGCAAACUGGUAGCGAAUUCUGG